GAUUAUGACACGUUUUUUAAUGGGAGGAAAGAUGUCUCGUUGUUGUGCUUCUGUACGAUCGCGCUUUAUUUCCCUCUGAUGACAUUUCCCAUCGGAUUAGAGGGUGGUCCGCCUCGGAGAGGGUUGACUUUCUAGAGAUCGCGAUUGAGACAGGCAGGCUGCCGGCGGCGACGAGCUCGGAUCGACGAGGACGACGACGACGACGACGACGACGGAGGAAGAGGAGGAGGAGGCGGAGGAGAUGCACCUCGAGGAUUAUCACGGCGAGCGGAGCGAGGAGGACGACGUGCGACGCCCCGUUCUGGAGCAAGACGACUUCGUCGACGACGGUUCCCUGCCCGAUCUGAUGUCCAUGGCGAUGACCGGAAUAGGCGUUGACGUCGUCCAACCGUAUUGCUGGACGACCUCGCAAAUGAUGGACAAUAGCGUGCUCUUCUCCCCGCUGGAAAUCGGCGCGGAUCCGCAGGAUUAUCUUGACUGGGACCAGGUACCCGUUGUCUUUCAGUAUCCCUCCAACGGUGGUGGAUCGCCAGCUGGUAGCACCUGCAGCGAGGCGACCACGCCGACUUGGAGCAACACGGUGACGGCGACGACGACGACGACGACAGAUCAUGGUGAGGAUAAGUCAUCAGACUGUCAGAAGUUACCAUCGAUGGGCUCGGCCUUCUCCUUCUCGCGCACCUUCAACAACACGAUUUUUCCGGAAUACGGAGCAGAGUCGCAGGGCGAUUAUCAGGAUUAUCCCGACUGCCAAGAGGACAUGGUGUCGCUGUUGAUGAGCAUUCAAAACGAUGUCACGGUUCAGAACUACAGUCCCUCGAUCGCCGACGAGUUUGACCUCAGUCUGAUCAGGGGUGACCCGACGUCAUUGUUGAGCAACGUGGAUUCGCCAUCGUCAUCAUCGACGACUUGUCUCGCGAGCGAUGAGCAGCAGGAACCAUUCCAGAGCUUCAAUCCGCCGUAUUACGCGGUUGGACAUCUCGUUUCUUCUCAGCAACAAUCGACGACGAUCAACCUCGACGGUGAGCUUAUUGGCGCGAUGGACAGUUUCGGAAAUCAGGUGAUACUGCCGCGGAACGAGGGCUUAUUGCUCGGGAAUAAUCGACGGGUCACCGGAUCGAAGGUUGCUGAGACCGAGAAGAAUGACAAAUCUUAUGAUUGCGCGAGACCAGUGGAUGAUAGCCUCACGUUGGCUUAUCAGUGCCGCUGGAUCGACUGCGGCUGUGCGUUUACGGAGCAAGAGGGCUUGGUGCGACAUAUCGAGAGGCGGCACGUGGAGUCGUCCUCGACGAAUGCGCACGGCCACGGCAGACGGAUCCAACGGGACCGGGACAAGGAGCGAGACGGCAAGGAGGCGGGAGAGGGUUUCCCCGGAGCGGCCACGACGACGACGACGACGACGGGCCGCGAGGACGAGUUCGCCUGCCUGUGGCAAGGAUGUCCACGCGCUCGGCCGUUCAACGCGAGAUACAAAUUGCUAAUUCACAUGCGGGUGCACACGCAAGAGAAGCCGAAUAAAUGUCCGUUUGCUGGCUGUAAGAAGGCCUUCAGUCGUUUAGAAAACUUAAAGAUACAUCAGAGAUCGCAUACAGGCGAAAGACCUUACGCGUGUCAACACAAUGGAUGCUCAAAGGCAUUUAGUAACAGCAGUGAUCGGGCCAAGCAUCAAAGAACGCAUUAUGACAGAAAACCAUACGCUUGUCAGGUAAGCGGCUGCGGCAAACGUUACACGGAUCCGUCGAGUCUUAGGAAGCAUCUGAAGAAUCACACUGAGAAUUCGAGUACGUUAUCCACUCUUUUAUCAUCGGAUAAGGUACCAACUAACGUAACAACCGGUGCGAUAGGACACAAAUUAAACUCGACAAUUUCUCACCGAAGAAGUCAAGACGCGUGCAUCCUCGACGUGGAAACGAAUCAUUCGUCGUACAAAUUAUCUAAAAUUUAUGUCAAAGAGGAGAACACGUUGCCGGACAAUACUUGCCAGCUGAACAGAAUCUCUCUGAAUUUCGACGGCAGUCAGCAAAAAACGAUCGAAUCGGUUCGUCAUCUUCUAAUCAACGACAUUACUAAUGUACAGAACGAAAAUACAGGAUUCUGCGUGACUGCAGAGGAUCAGGUGCCGGAUUUCCACGAGUUAGGCGUCGACAUCGAGCGACAGUUUCACGAGCUGAGCGCUUUGAACGACGCUAUCUUCAUCGACGGAUGAGCCUUUUUCAGCAGAAGAAUCCCAUCACCGACGAAAGUGAAACAGGACGCGAUGCGUCGGUGAAUGAACGGAAUGUAAUUUAAUAAGACAUGAUUGAACUCGCACCUCGAUUCGAUUAAUCCUCUGGAGCUGACGGCAGGUUUAUUGGACUCAUUCAGAGUACGGUCAAAGUCUCACUAUAAAUACUUCGAAGCAUUUGUGUGAUUGACCAAUCAAAAGAAAGAAUUUUAAGAAUUAGCCAA